CUUCAGCGCCGCCUCGCUCUCGCCGUCGGCCGACGUGCCGCUGCGCCAUGCGCCCGACGCCGAGCAGCCGUCGGCGUCGCCCUCGCGCCCGCACAUGCCGCCGUCGAGCAGCAGCAGCCGCAGCGCCGUGAGCGCCGCGGCGAGCUCCCAGCGCAGCGCCAGCGGCAGUGGGUCCGCCGCGCACAGCCGGCACAACAGCCGCGGCAAGAGCUUCGAGUACAAGGAGACGCUCGAUGCGAAGAGCUCCAUGCUGGCGGAUGGCUCGCGCAUCAUCAAUCAGUAUCGCCUCGAGGAGGUCAUUGGGCGCGGAGCUUAUGGCACAGUGCACAAGGCGUCGCUCUUGGCUGAUCCGUCAGUGUCCUUCGCGGUCAAGGAGUUCGGCAAGACGCGGCUUCGGAAGACUUCGCGGGCGCAGAACCUGCGGCGUUCGGGUCGUGGACGCGGGCGUGGUGGCAUGAUUCGGGACGGCGGCGGCGGACGUGGAGGAGGCGGCGUCGAGGCGCUGUCAGAGCUCAAGCCAGGCGAGUCCGAGGGCAGCCGCAACAACUCGCACGGCGGCGCACCCAAGGGCCAGGGCAAUGGCGGCGAGGAGGGUGACGAUCCGCUCAGCCUGAUCCGACACGAGAUCGCUAUUCUCAAGAAGCUCAACCACGAGCACGUAGUGCAGCUGUACGAGGUGCUUGACGACCCCUCGAAGGACGGGCUGUUUAUGGUCUUUGAGCACUGCCCAGACGGGCGUGUGAUCGACGUCAAGUUGCACGAGUCUGUCGAGCCGCUGCCGGAAGAUCGGGCACGGCACUACUUCCGCCAGAUCCUGCUCGGCAUCGCCUACCUGCAUUCGAACGAGAUUGUGCACAGAGAUAUCAAGCCGGACAACAUCCUACUCGCAGACGGCGGGCGCUCGUGCAAGAUCGUCGACUUUGGCGUGUCGGAAAUGUUCCUCAAGCCCGGCGACGACACGCUGCACAAGAGCGCAGGCAGUCCGGCGUUCAUGAGCCCGGAGCUGUGCACGGCUGGUCAUGGCGACUUCCACGGGAAGGCGGACGACCUCUGGUCUGUCGGCGUGACGCUGUACUGCAUGGUUGUGGGCCAUCUGCCGUUCGAUAAGAGCCAAUUCCUGGAGCUGUACGAGUCAAUCAAGUCGGACGAGCCCGAGUAUCCGGAUCACCUCUCGCCCGAGCUGAAGCAUCUGCUCAAGCGACUGCUGGAGAAGGAUCCAUACAAGCGGACCACCUGCGAGGAGAUGCGCCAGGACCCCUGGGUGACCAACAACGGCAAGGAGCCACUGCUGAACGAGGAGGAGAACUCGGAGAGCAUCGAGCUCGAGGUCACCGACGAGGACCUCGAGCGCGCCAUCAACCGCAUCGCGAGCGUCUUCACCAUCGCACGCGCGGUGCAGCGCUUCAAGCGCGGCAGUCUCGGGCGGCGCAACGCGUCAAGCGCCUCUGCCACAAGUGACACGCCUUCAACAAAGUCUGAUGAGAUCUCGCGCCAGAUGGCAGCGUCUCCGAUGCCGGUGUGCGGCUCUCCAACGCAGGACGCUGCCGAUGCGCCGGAGCGGCAAGGCAGCAGCUCGCAACAGGAGUCGCAGCAGCAUGCGCCCGCUCCGCCGCCGCAACGACGAGCCGAGUCGUUCCACCCGACGCGAGCGCUUGCACGGCGGCUCGACUCGAUUGGCUCGAUGCUUGGCCUCGACGACCAUCACCACAGCACCGGCUCGGCCUCGCCUGACCAGUUCGAGGGCGCGCAGCCGCACGGCGGCAGCUCCACGGCUACGACGCCGGCAUCAGCACACCCUCAGCGCGAGGCGCAACGCAGCGAGACCGAGGACGCAUCAGCCAAGGUGCCUGGCUACUUCCCGCACUGCGAGGAGGUGGAGGCGGUGCGCGCCAAGCUCGCCGGCACGGAAGUCAAGGACAAGGAUGCGGCAUCGCAGAAGAGAGGCGGGGACCACCACGAGCUGGAGGGCCGGCCGGCGCCACACAUCGGCGCAUCGGGAGCACGCGAGGAGGAGAAGCACGACGCCGACCCCAAGAUUCUGCCUGGGCCCGUCGUGACGUCGCCGCAGGAGGCCGACAUACCCACGCCGCCCAAUGCGUCCGAGUACUUUGUCCGCGGCGCACAGAAGUAGCGUGUAAUGCAUAAUCUAAGGACGGUAUC